AUGUCUUCUUCGACUACGAGGAAAGUUAUCCUCGUCAUUGGCGCGACCGGCGCGCAAGGCCUCGCUGUGAUCGACAAACUGCUUGAACCGAGCGCGGACGGCGAGCCGUCUCCCUACACCAUCCGAGCCCUCACCCGCGACCCGCAAAGCAGGCGCUCACAGGAACUCGCUCACAAAGGUGUAGAGCUCGUUAGAGGAUCGUUCUAUGACUUUCCCACUGUCAAGGCUGCGCUCGAGGGUGCGUAUGGAGCGUGGGUCAACACGGACGGCUUUACCGUCGGCGAGGCCAAGGAGAUCUUCGCGGGCAUGCGCAUCUUCGAGCUGGCAAAGCAGAGCAAGACCAUGCGUCACUACGUGUGGAGCAGCCUCGACCAUUCACUCAAGAAAGGCAACUACGACCAACAGUACAGGUGUGAGCACUUUGAUGGCAAGGGGCUCGUCGCGGAAUGGUUGAAGUCCCAGCCAUCCGAGGUCAGCGACACCUCCAUGUCUUGGAGUGUCGUCACGUCUGGUCCCUACAUGGACAUGUUGUACCAGCCUAUGUUCGGACCCUUGAACCGGCGUGCAGAUGGCACUUUCGUCUUCGCGACCCCUAUCGGUACCGGCCACGUCCCCAUGAUUGCGCUCUCCGACCUGGGGUUCUUCGCCCGCUACACGUUCGACCACCGAGCGCUCACGUCCGCCGCCGAGCUCGAGGUGGCCAGCGAUAUGGUCGACUGGGAGUACCUCUUGGCUACCUUCAAGAAAGUCACUGGUCAGAAGGCAGUCAUUGUGCACCAGAGUUUCGACGAGUGGGUCAUGAACCUCAAUAACACUGACGCACCCAUCGCGAAUGAACAGAAGGUGCUGGAAUCGGCACAGACGACCUGGAGAGAGAAUUUCUCUGGAUGGUGGUCGCUAUUCCGGGACAAUAUGAUCAAGAGAGAUAUGCAGUGGAUCAGGAGUGUCAACCCCCACGCGACGACGCUGGAGGCCUGGAUGAGGGAGAAAGAUUACAAGGGCGAGUCUGCCUUCCUCCUCAAGAAUUCGGAGGACGCCAAAUCCAUCUCUGUAAAUCGCGAGAGGGCUUCCCAGUUGUAG